UUAUGCAGUUUGUGUUCAGUAAUGCUACAUACAUUUGUACUGAGUUGAAUUGAAAUUGAGACUGGAAAUGGGUCAAAGUGACAACAUGGACAACAACCCAAUCAAAGGGCAUAAUACAGCCCAAGGCCAAAAAUGGGUCUUCAACACAGCGAGAAAAUCACACGAUUGGAGGCGGGCUUUAGCUGGCUUCUAAACAGAAAUGUGUACUAGUGGAUGAAAAUGGACAUCACUCCGAAGCAUAUAAAUGAACUAAAAUUUAAAAACAUACAAGACUAACAAAGGCCAGCUGAGGGACCUGACUUGGGACAAGUGCUAAUAUUAUAUGCAGUGGCAUGGGGUUAAACAUGUUUUGUGAGAUCUCAACCCUAUUAAGUUACCAGUAUGUACUAUAUAUAUAUAUACAAAUCUUCCACUAUUGUUACAAUUGAGUGUAACUAUUUCCAAUCUACAGUUACUGUGUCAGCACCCAAUAAGUCAAUCAAGAGGUCUCUAAAAUUUUCUGGAGUCGGGAAAGAAAAUUUAUCAACAACCAAAUGCAAAGGAGAAGUAGAGGUGCCAAGCAAAAUGUUAUCUUUUUUUUUUAUUUUAUAUAAGUUGUUGCCAGUAAUGACAUUAAGCAAUGUGUACAAUAACCAUGUACAUGUAAUAAAUUAAAGUUUUCUGCUCAACCCUAUGGUUAUCUAAUCAAAAUAAGCUAGCUUGCAAAAAUGUAUAAUGUUAGAAAUUUAAAAGAGUUUGAUGUUUCAGCACACAUACAUUUUUUGUACCAUGCCAUGCAAUACUAAAUGUAUACAUUUGUAUGUAUACAUGUAUACACAAUUUUUCAUUCUCAUGGAGUAAUAAAACAAAACAAUGUAAAUAAGAUGAUUUGAAUUGCUUCAAAUAAAACUUGUACAUGUUUAAGUAAAAUGUAGUAAUUUACUGGCAAUAACUUUUCAUUCAGAUUAGAUUAGAUUUAAACCAGUUAAAUUCAGUUUAUUAUUACUGUUAUUUCAGAGAUUGAGCUUACACAUGUAAUGUACAAGCACCAACAAUGACCAAGCUUAAGACUCCAAGAGAUACAUUUUUUAUUAUCAUACUGGCAAUGAAAAGUUUAUACAUACAUAUUUUGUACAUUUAUAGCUUUUAGAUUUUUUGUUUUCACAAAGAACAAAUGAUUUGAGAUGGCUGCCUUUCAUAAUAAAAGUUUUGGUCCUUGUAAAUUUGUACAUGUACAUGUAUGUUGCUGUAGCUAGUAUUAUUAUGAUUAUGUGACACAUCAAUGCAAUUUAUAUAAUGGUACUAUACCUUAUUUGUACCAAUUAAAAAGCAUACAUGUAUCAACAUGAAUGUUUUUAAUUCUUUUCAGUUAAUCAAAAGGAAGGCAAACUAAAAAAAUGCAAAUUAAUGGCUUUUGUGAUGAGAAGGGGGGAUCAUUUAGAUUACAAUGAUGUGAUUGUAAUUUAUAAAUUCUAAAGUUUUAUUUUUCAACGUAUUUAUGAUGUGGAAAAACUAUGAACUGAGGCGUACCUUAAAAAUAAUUAAUAUUGUUAUUUAUUGUCCAAAUACUUCAUUUAUUGAAUUAUUAAAUAUUUUAAGUAUAAUUGUAUGACUUAUUAAGACGUUAUGUCUUAGUGAUAAAGUUGCACAGAUUAACAUACAGUAUGAAAUUUUAUUACAUCCUGAAUCCUGGUUCCUGGUUUUUCUACUAUUCAUAUUUAUUUGCAUUUGUUCAUUACAGUUAAAACUAACAGAAUAAUUUUGCAUUACAGGUUAAAUUGUUAAAAUUCAUGAUCAUUUAAAUAGUUGAGUUUAUAUUUGGACCUAUACUUGAUAAGAAGAUCACAGUGUACCAUGCAAGUGGUAAAAAGACUUUUCUGGUCCAGAAUGAAACAAACCAGAAAAUAUGCAAGGCUAUUAUGCGUAGCAGCAACAGUGACAAAUUAAUAGUAGAUGCUAUCUGUAAAACAAAUCCGUUAGAGGUAGUUAAUGGAUGUAGGAGAAUUAUAGAGGAGGAAAGUGCAUGUAUUUCAAAAAGAGGUUCAGGGACAGUAUUACAAAAAAAAGACUACACCAACUUCUUUAACUUUAACUGGGAUGAUUUCAACGAUGAACUCAAAGCAAAAUAUCCAGCACUUUUGUCAAUAGUAAAUUCAAUGGUAUCAAAUGUGCCAAUUACUGUACUUGGUAAACCAUUUCUUCAUGUAUUGAUGACUUCGGCAAUUGGUCUACAUGGCAGAAACCAGGAGAUGUCAAUGGUACAAUUCAUGACAGGAUUUUUGUUGACUCAUGGUGGAUGUACACAAAGGAACAUUGAAAGGCUAUCGCAUCUUGGAUUAAGUGUGCAUCCUGUUACUAUACACAGAAAGUUAGCAGAAUGGCAAAAGUUUUUAGACAAAACCAUACUUAGCAUAAAAGAAGAAUGGGAAAAAGGUGGUCGUCAGAAAUAUCAACUUAUUGGGGACAACUGGGACAAAAAUAUACUUCCUUCUUACAGGACAUCUGAUCGGAAAACAGUUUCUGUACAUUUGUUCAAUAUUUAUGCAAUAGUAGACAGAAUUCUGCCAGUGCCUAUGGUAAGGGAAGAAUUUGCACAUCAAGAUCUGCCGGUAAUAGAUUUUCUACCAUCUAUUGAAGACCAAACAAAGCUGCGGAAGGAGUUGAAUUUUAUAAUCUCAACAUCUAUUGUCAAUUGCCACCCACAUAUGCAAAAGAUGUUCCAUAAUAUUCUCCCAAAACACUUGGAGCAUAGAUAUACAGAAUAUGCAGGAGUCAAGACUAGACAAUUUCCAUUUGGACUGUAUGACUGUAAUGAAAAUAAAACCCCUGAGUUAAUAAAAUUGAUGAAAGAACUCUCAAAGCAAUAUGUUCCAUGUGCAAAUGGAGAAAUUGUAGAACCAGUUUUCUUUGGAGGAGACAGACUUACUGAUGAGAGAAUGCAAUCUGCUCAAAAUGCAAUGGCAAAUGGUCACACUGCUAUGGAAAGACUUGAAGGCUUCAUUUCAAAAAUUGAAGAUUUUCACAGAUUGAUGAACUUUUUGCAGGCAAUCCACAAAAUGACAUACUCAACAGAGAGUGUUGCGGAUAAGUGCAGUGUAUACUAUUAUCGUAACUUACUUAAUAUGAGGAAUGUUAAGGGGAAAGUUUGCAAUUCAUAUCGUGCUUACAAAAUGUUGUAUUAUGCCAUUCUUGAUGCAAUAAUUUUGAACAUGUUUUUGCGUCAUUUGAAUUUGGAGGAUGUUGAUCAGGAGAUCAAAAUACCAUUUGCAACUAUGAACAACGAGGAAAAACUAUCUUGGUUAUAUGAUGUCAGCAACUCAAUAGUAGAAGAAUGGUUUUUUUGUGGUCAAUCAGAUAUUUUUAUAAAGUGUAAAGACGUAGUAGGAGAUCCAGAACACCCUGACAACUACUGGGUAUCGACAUUGGAAGAUGGCCGUGUAAUGUGUCACUUUUGUGACAAGACAUACGCCUAUACAGGGUCUUUGAAAUCACAUGAAGCUAAAUGUCACAAUGUCAAAAUUGGAAUGUCUAAGAAAAGUAAAAAAGAAAAAAAAAAAGAUGAACUGCAGAAUCAUAUUGUAAUGCUUUUCAAACUUAUUCUGUUACAUAAGAAUCUAGACACUGCAGUAGAUAUGGGAGAUGGGGAACGAGUUGUACGUUCAGCUAAAUAUGAACUGCCAAUAUAUAAUCUUACAAACAAAACAAAAUAUCUCAUUGGUUCUGUCCAUCUUACUGCACUAACUUCAGGUUUGUUACCAGCAGAACAAUCAGAAAGAUUAAUUUCCAAUAGAUUUGUAAAUCUACAAGGUGGAUCAAACAACAACAUAAGCCUGGAUGAAUAUCUAGAGAUGCUGAACAGAGACACUAAAGUAACAUGUUCAGCACAUCAGACAAAGGAGAGUAUUCUUCAACACUCCAAAGAAUAUCCACACUUAGUAAAUUUUGUAAAUCAUUUCGAUAACAUUACUCAUCUUACGGGGAAAAAAGGUUUUCAUCACAUACCAACAUACCAGGCAGAUGUACAAAAAAUUACAAAAGACUUAAUGCAAGAAAAUGUUUUAUCAUAUAAAACAGCAAGAACAAUGCAGUGCAAGGACCUCAUAAAAGACAGAAAUCCAUUUGACAAUGCAUAUUUUGGACUUCGUACUAUGAUUCAUCGCCAUCAACCAACAGUCCCUUUCCACCGCCUUCGUAACACACAUAUUUGAACUUAAUUAAAAAAUCUGCUUCAAUGUAUAAUCUAAUUGCUUUAAGUUUCAUUUGUUCAAACUGAAAACAUAUUUGUUCUGUUUUUUUCAGUGACCACUUUCAACUUCUGAUGAAUUCAUUAAAUGAUUGUCCUGAAUUUGCAUGAGAUGUUUGCUUAUGAAUGUUCAGCGAAGAAUGAACAAUGCAUGCUCUCUGGUUACAAGUAAAUGAGUUGAAAUAUCCAAACAUGCCAUAUUAAAGAUAUGAUUGUUAGUAAGACAAUAACCCAAAAGAGACCAUGAAUAAACAAUACUGCAUUCAACAAUGACCAUAAAUAGGUAACAAUACUGCCUUCAACAAUGACCAAAACUGGAAGAUUUCAAUAAGAAAAUCAUGUCAGUAUUAUUGCUUUACUAAAGUUUCUGAAUAUAAAAUGCAUUUGAUGUAUAUUUUUUUUUGGUCCAGCUCACUUAUACAAUGCCAUACAUUUAUGUAGUCUAUGUGCCUUUGGUGUGUCCAAUUGUUCUUUUGUCCGGCCCGCCAAACCAGGACAAGGUUAAAGUUUUUUUGUUAAUUUAGUUAAAGAUGUGGUAUGAUUACGAAUAAGACAUCUCUUGAUCAAUGACACCAUUUAGUUAAAGUAAACAAUUAUAGGUCACAUCUUCAAGUUGCCUCACAUCAAACUGUAAAGGGUCCAAAGAUCUGUGUAUAACAAUUCUAACAGGACAGACAUUUGAUCAAAACAAUAAACGAAAAGCACAUAUGAACUAUAUGCUAAAAUAGGUUUUCGACUUGGACCCAAAUUUUACUUUUUGUCUGGUCUGCGUCUUCUUUUGCAGAAAGCGAGACUUAGGGAUAGUGAUGCGGCAAUGACGUAAGCUUGACUUAAAAACUUAUUAUUUUUAAAGAUAGAAAACCUUGAUGCUUCAUACUUUGUAUACAGAUGUCUUAUGUUACAAACUUUUCACCCGUCAUGACUAAUGACCUUGACCUCAUUUUCAUGGUUCAGUGACUACUUGAAAAAAAAAGUUGAAUUUUUGCAAUGUCAAUCUUAUUAAAAUAUUUUUACAUUACUUGCUCCUUGAUUUUUUUAUAUGUGGUGCAGUGUGUGUUGAACAGGCAAGACAUUUAAGUGUGUCCACUCUUG